AGGCACCCCAUAGGCCAUUCUCACGCGUUCUUUCUCUUUAAUCCGUAAGCUCCUACACAUAAACAUAAAUUUCUUCACACAAACCUUUCUACACGCAAACUUUUACACACAAAUCACUGCACACAAACCUCUACCCAUAAAACCACCAAACACAUAUAUCCUCACUUCUACUACACCUUUCCCAUCCUUCAUCUUCACAUCUUCCAGCUCAUCAAUAUGAUCCAGAGUGUCAGCUUGUUGCCCACCAUGGACAAUGCGACCAACAACAUCGAUUGUACACCCUCGGUAUCUCGCAAGAGCCUCGGCAGCUCUUCAGGUCCCUCUAUGGACACGGCGGCCGAUGAGGUUGAUUUUGACAGCCUUAAAGAAGUCAGAACGAUAUCAACCCAGGGUCAUCACAUAAUCGGACUAUUCAAGUCUGCGCUGAAGCUAUCUCCCGCAGCUGGUCUAGAUGAGAAGGCCGAGUACUUCGUUAGUGAAAUGCUUAAGUAUUCUCCUAAAGAGAAGUGUGGGCUAGACCCAGGUGAAUUUGUCUGGGACUUCUAG